AAGAAACCAGUCAAGACUUCCCCAAAAGUGCAAGUUUCCGUAUGCAUACCCUCCACAGUGAUCUCAUCGAAGAAUGCUAGGAAUCUUGAACAGAUAACCUCCAUAGUAAAUCAGAUAGCGAGAGCUGCCACCAUAUACAAUGUGGUUGAGAUUAUAAUACUCGAUAUUCCGGAAUCGGCUGCCGAGGAUGAGAACCAAAAGGUGGUUGAGCUAGGUGGUUCCAAGGGUGGAAAGAAGUUAAAGUUCAACUUUAGUGAUGAAGAAAUCCUAAAAGAUAAGCAAGAAACAGUAGCGCAGACUUCGGAAGAUGUACAAGACUCUUCCGCCAAUGCAUUCUUAUUGGCCGGUUUAUUGCAAUUUUUUGUGACUCCUCCAUACUUGGUGAAAACCAUCUUUUCCCCAGCUAUCAAUCCUAGUCCUCUCAACAAAGACAUGUUAAAGAAGUUCAAGUAUGCCUACAAAUUGCCCAAGAUCACCACCUUGCCAUUCAUGUCUAACAACGAAGUGUUCCGAGACUUCAAAGAAGGUUUCACAGUCCCCAAAGAAACACCCAAGGUGGUUUCUAAGAAAGACAAGUCGAAAAAGGUCAAGGCAGAAAAGAAGAUCUCGGUGACAAAAUAUGUCAAUAUUGGAGAAGCUGAGUUGUUGGAAUUGAAUAUUAAGAGGGAAAUUCCUGCCUAUUCGCGAGUCACUGUAGAUUUGAAGAACAAGACUAUUGUGUCGCCGCUACAGGCAUAUGGAGUGAUGGGCAACAAGUCUUCGUUUGGCUACUACGUCAGAUUCUGUAAAAAGUUCAGUUCCAUUUUUACUGAGAGUUCGGCUCCAGAGGGGUACUCAUCCAGUAUCUGUGUUCAAAGCGAUGACUUCUAUAGCUCUGCAGACAAGAUUGAAGACUUGAACAAGAUCAACAAACUUGACAAGGUGGAAGCUAGCGAGUCUGGAAAUAAUAACAUUUUGUUGGUGGUGGGAAGUUUCAAAGACUUGCAGAGAAGCUUUAAGAGCGACUCCAUCGAAGGGGUCGACUCCGUGGGACAGAUGUUUGAUGGCCAAUUGGAAGUUCCAAAUGGAGUUAGAAUCGAAGAUGCCUUGAUGAUUGCAUUGACU